ACUGAGUUGUGCUUUACAUUAUACGCUUUUCCGUAGCAAUGCGAAGAUGUACUUGAUGACAAGACAAGACGACAUGCAUGCCUGGUUUUAUUCUUACAACAAGAAGAACGGAUGUUUUAUAUUGCCUGCAGUGAGAAGAAUGGCUGUAGCCAAUUGUUGUAAUCCAAACUGAAAACGAGCAACUAUGUCAAUUAGAAGUUUAUGUUUUGUCGUUGUUGUUGCCCUUUCAUUGCAGCCGAACAAAAGUGAAGCGUUCUCGGCGUGGACAAAAUGGAGCAGCUGGAGCGCAUGUAGUAAGACAUGCGGGGCAGGGAUUCGUUUGCGAGAAAGGAUAUGUGCACGAACUAAUAUGACAGGCAGAUGUGCAGGCAGCAAGUUACAACAUGGACGGUGCUACGAAAAAAUAUGCUCGUCAUAUCUUGAUUGGCCCCGAAUUCACUUUACUGGUAAAGUAUUUGUGGACACACCGACUACGAACAAUUACCGCUGCUACUUCGACAACCAACACUUCUGUCCUCAUUGCAACACAUUUCGAAAUGCAUAUGCAUCAAAAAUUAUCAAAUCUAACGUUACGUUGCCCCGUUACAAAUUUAGUUCCAAUACUCCGAACCCGAUGGGAACUGGCCAUUUCUUUUUUCAUGAAACAACAGUUAAAUCAGUUUGUUGGGAAAAAGGGAAACCAUGUACAACAGUUGACCCAAUGGUGAAAAGAAAGGUACACGGUGUUUCACCGGGUCGUAUGGUGGAUUUGGAUGUUGAUUGGCAGUUAUCACCUGAAGUAGUUGGAUAUGAUAUCCAUAUACCUGGUGUCCUCACUGCUCAUAUGGUAGCAGGGAUUUCAAACCAACUGACAAUUCGUAUUUUUGAAACCGGGACAAGUGGCGGGGACAUGAAAGAUCUCGCUUCAAUAAAAAGCAAGCUGGUUCGUGUUAAAUGGAUAGAUCCUUACUUUAAAGCCAAGUUCCGAAACAAAACUUCCUUGUCAAUCAUUUUCACCAUCGAUUUGUUCACCUACGUCAAAUAUAUGGGGAGAAUAUCUGGAACUAUAGGUAUGACGUCAGAUGAUGACCCUGUUAACGUGUUUGGAUCUCGAGUAAUGAAGCCGAACAAUGCUGUUGAUGUAUACGAAGCUCCAAUUAACCUCGAUGUUAAAUCAAAGAUACUGCUUCUGGAUUUGGCAAGUGCUAUCAAAUGUAACGCCAAAGGAAACUUCGCUGUCAAUGACCUCAAGAACGUCGACGUCAUCGUUUAUCCCGUGACUGAUAGUAUCUGUAGAAGUCCCGUGUUUGACUGUUGUAUAAGGUCGUUGAGCUGCGGCAAAGCAAGAGGAUUCCUUUUAACGAUCGGCGGGGCGUUAAACUAUGUGCAGAAAUCACAAGACUGGUACACCACGUACGGAGGAAUCGUCGAAAUUUCAUUAGCUUGGGCUGAUGAACAUAUAUUGGAUAUAUUGGCCAAUAGUCGAUUUGGUUUGGUUUCAAGGUCCAAAAUCAGCGCAAGUGAAAUACUCAAGUCGCCACCUCUUUCCUACACCAUGUUCAGCCUCUUGCCCCAGCAGUCAUGUAAUAUGGAAACUAAAAUCGGUUCGUGCAAACUGGUUAUGUCUGAGUCGCCUUUUGGAAUCAACUAUAAGCCCAUGGGAAGAUUCACAGAGCGAAAAUCUCGUGGGGAAACCUGGGAUAUUCAGACACUUGUGUCUUCAUUCGGUCGGCCGUUACAAGGAGCUAAUCUAUUCGUACGAAACAUCAAGAAGUCAAAAACCCUGGCGUCGUGCACGUCAAGAAAAGAUCCUUGUGGAAUGUAUUUAUCAGUCCCUGCAAAUGCAUUGGACCUCGGGAACACAGUCACAUCUGAUGUAAAUGGGGUUGCUAGAUUGCCGAUUAAAGUCGUACGGAGUCCAGGUUUUCCAAGAAGAUGUGGGAUAGAUGGACAGGUUUAUAUCUUGGGUAUGUUCUUGGAUUACACAUCACAUGGACAGCGAGUGAAACUUGGUGACGGAGGAAUGUUCGUUGCAACAAUGUCAAGCCAAACUGAGCGAUUGAUGAUCAAGCAGUGCGGCAUUGACCGAGCGUUUGGUGCCAUGGGAUUGGCACUGAAAGUUUACGGAUCUCUUCCUGUUUCAACAAUGCAAAAGACGUGCCCUACGUGGGUCGAUGACGUCAAACCAAUAUUUCAGUUUUAUAACAACAUGGUUCCCGUGAUGGCACGUGAUCACAUCAUCGACUUACGUAACGUGCAGGAUGUCAGAUCUAAGCUACGUAUGAUCAAUAUGUCGAUGUUUGAAUACGACUGGAAUCAUCCCAACUUCAUGCCGACCACUCGUGACCUUUCACCUGAUAAGACGGAAAUCGUAAGAAGGUGGCUCGAAUGUGAGAUGAAUGGAAUUACUGGUGGUAUUCCCACACAAAAAACGUCGUUUACUGCUGAACAACAAAACGUAUGUGGCUCAGCACGAAACUUGGAGAAAACAGUGGACGAUCUACGUAGAUAUAUACAAGGAGGAAUGUGGAUCGAACUUUACACCAUCCCACCUUACAUGACCGCCAUGUUUUCAUUGAAGAAGAAUCAUCCCAAAGAAGCUUACUCACUAUUAAAAAGCAUUGUCACCGAAGAAAUGCUACAUAUGUCGCUAAACAGCAACGUACUCAACGCUAUUGGAGGAAAACCAAACCUAACUGAUGAUUACUGGUUGCCUGAUUAUCCUACUAACUUCCCUUCACUGGAUUUUUACCAGAUAAAACCUGAUCUUACUCUCAAACUUGAAAAGUUUUCAACGUCGUUGCUGAAAGAUUUUUCCGAAAUUGAAGAACCCUCCCCACCAAGUGUGCAGAGGAUUUUGCACAAUAUCGCCCUUUUGUGGGGAAAACUGCCCGAAGACGGUGGGGGAAGAUGGAACAGUCGUGAACAAGAUGGCAAAACUGUCUACGAAGAUUCGGCAUCCGGAGUAGAAAAUACUCCAAGGUGGUUGGAAGAUGCUUAUACUUAUCAUGACAACGGCAGGAUUAAUUUACUUCGAUCUUCACAAGAUAACUUUUGGAGCGAGGUGUUUGAAAUAUCGUCACAACUUCUUGAACAGCCAGAUAUAAUGGACGCUUAUUCUAUCGGGGGAUUUUAUGCUCACGUAAUGCUCAAGAUUAUUCAAACUGAAUCCUGUGUUCGUCUCGAAAAUGAAAGCAAGACUAUCUUCACCGGUCUAAAAACCCGACAGCUUGGACCGAAUCAAUGGUAUGGAACCAAGGGUCUGAGCAGUGCAACUUUAUUUCCCGUCCAUAGCUUAAAAUCUGGAAUCGAAGCGCUUAUGGAGAUUGUAUACGAAGGAGAGGGCGGUACCUUGUGUUCUCCUUAUAUGACGUCACUCCCCGACUCAAAUGCAUCUCAGCAGCACGUUGGCGCUCAAGCAUAUACCUCCAACGUUCGGUCUUACGAGGAAAAGUCGCAUUAUGUCAAGUUUCAGGAGAUGAUUAACGGGCGCAAGUUAAAGUUGGUGAAAGUAAAGAGACCGGAAUGGUCAGAAGCCGAUUGUUUGGUAAAACACGACUUUUGUUCCUGUCAAUCAAGCAACAGUUCAAAGUGUCAAGAAUUUUGUUACAAAGGAGAAUCAAUAGCCAUAACCAGCAGAGACGUGUGGCCUGUAUACCAUGUGUAUUAUAUAGGAGGAUCUAAUAGCGGUAUUACAAGGGCAGAUGUCGUACUCAAGGCACAACUUUUGUUAAGUCAUUUCGAUAGGAUAUACACUAAGUUGCUGCAGUGUCUUGAGUCCUCUAUGAAUGGCGAACCCUCAAAAAUGUCAACAUGCAUAGGAAAUAUGUAUGAGCUUGUAACUGCUGGUAAAAAACUUGCACGAACACACAUUUUAAAACCCGAUUCUCCCGAAAAUCGUUUAACUGCAACUCCUAGGUGGCAGUUUGUGAAAGAUAAUUAUCAAUUGAACGGUUUAGACGACAUGAGUGGACCAAGCAACGUAGAUUACUGUUAGGUUAUGUGAAAAGAAUCUACAUUCAUUUCUUUUGAAUCAUUUUUUAAAGGAUUUUAAUUAUAAAUAUUCGUUUUUUUGUUACGUUUUUUUGAUUUCAUCCAAAUCGUUUUUGUUACGAACGGUUUGGAAUAAAUGAUAUGAAUAAAUGAUAUAGUUUACUGUCGGGUUUUAUCAGAAGAUUCUACAUUCGUUCCUCAUCUGAAUCCUUUUUUUACGAACGGUUUAAAAUAUAUGGUAUAUUUUACUAAAGAGUUAUAUGAUGGAUUUUACGUCCGUUCCUAUUUGAUCUGUUUCAAAAUAUUUUACAUUCGUUACUUCUUACCUAUUUUCGACAUCUUUUUUUUAGCGGUUUGGAUGGUAUACAUACAUAUAUUUUACUGUUCUUUGGCAUUGGUUUUUAUAAGAGCUUUAUACGGGCACUGAUGCAAAUAUAUUUACGCAAAAUUAUUCGUCAUUUUCUUGCAAACUAUCACUUACCGAUUUUUUUCCGCGUAUGUUCAAAUAGAACUGAAAUGAGAUCUGUCGAAGCAGUUACGAAAAAUUAGGGCACCAGUAUUGUAUCUUUUUUUGCAAUAAAGACCAAAAAGAUUUAUCUCUUCUUUAUUCACAAAUAUUAAUGUUUACAAAUUUGUCGAUAAAUUUUUAAAAUAAACGAAUAAACUAAAAUAAAAGAUCGAUGGAAGAUGGAAAAUAAAAAAUCAAAUGACAAUUUUAAUUUGACAUCUCGUUUAAUAAUUUGUGUAAUAUGUAACUUUUUUUUCUUCGGAUGGCUGGACAACGACAGUAGUAUCGGGUAAACGCUAAUCAUUUUACACAGUUAGUUCUUGCCUUUUUUAUUUAGGGAGAUUAAUAAAUGUAUACAUAGGAAAAAAAUCUUUUACCCACAAAGUGACACAUACGUGUUAAUAACUGGUAAGCGGGCACAUGGUGUAUAAAACUGAUCAUCCGUGUUAUAACUAAACAGCCAUCGGUUUCGUUUUCUGAAAAGUCCAACACCAGCAACAGAUCUAUGUUGCGCUGUGGUCUUAACACUGAUUCAGUUGGAACGUUUUUCAAGAUAUCCGCAUCAACAAUCGAGAUUGAGGUUUUUAUUGUCGACAUUUUCUUUUUCUUUUUCAUCCCAUGUUUGUCGAUAACAUCAGCUUGCUCUGUAAUCAUUAAUUAAUUAAACACGUAUUUUUACCAAAACGUUGUAUAUAGGUAUAAUUAUGUAAGUAGGCUGGGGUAAAGUGGCCAAUGCUUCCAUUCUCUGAUAGCUGGACAGAAUAUUUACAGAACUGUAUAUAUAUACCAGAAUCACCACAUCUCUAAACAGAGCGUUGUUAAUUGUUGAAAAACAGGAUUGGGAAAUUUACGUCAUCCCCAGUAGAUGAUAGCCGGGAGUUUCAACCGAACAAAUCCACAAACGAGCUUAGCUGGUUGAAAGAUUUUUUAUUUACUUUGUAAUAGAACCUGUUAAUGUUUCGGUAAUGGAUAAUGCAAACCUUAAAUUAUAGUUACAACUUUAGUGCUUGUACAUACUCAUAUUGACCAAUCUGUAUUGGACCGAGGAGGUGUUGAUAGAGACUUGUAUUGAUGAAUUGCGGAAAUUGUCAUGAAGUUCUUCAAGGCUAUAUUGGCAUUGAAUUGACCGCGCGAAAUUUUACGAUAAUGCCGCGUUUUUGGCAUAGAGUAAUAGGUUUGGUAUAAGGUGGUUCUAUAUUAUUAGAACACACGUAUAUUUUAAUAGACCAUGGAUGGCCCAUACGUUUCAAUUUCUUUUAUCGUCCCAACUAGUAGUAAACCAAAAAUGUUCACAGAAAUAUAUAACUGUAUCCCCAGCAUGAUUUUAAAAUACCCUACAGUACAAUAUAAAAGUGCCGUUGGCGAGCGCCAAACAUUAUAUAAAAUUUCGAAUUUAUGCGAGUCAACGCAAUUUCGUUGUUGUGCAGACGUCAUCCCAGUACUAUUUUUUAUGCUGAUUAAAAUGGUUGAACUACACAAUCGCCAAGUUCGUGUAUGUCAGAUAAGCAAUGUCAAUAAAUUAUGCCACACUAAAAUUAUUUGCGACGUCGGCGGAUACACAAAGCACAAAUACCAUGUUAUCCCUAUUUGUUUUCAAGUUGUCUCCCGAAUGUUUUAAGGUCAAUGAUCGCAGUGAUAAACGCCGGUAUAUGUUGCAACAACUUAAUGAUUAACUAACGCCCAAUCCACGACAUUCUGUUUUCUAGGAGCCUUUAUUAGCCCACUUGCCACCGCAUAGAAUUUAUCUACCGUGUAUACUUAAGUGUUUUAAGUUUAUUACCGUAUGUGAGGGUAAAAUGCAGGUUGUUAUUUGCGUGGAUGAAAGCAAGACUGCAGAGGCUGUGUUUAAUUGGUACUUCGAUAACUUGCACAAGCAGGGCAAUGAUGUCACCGUCGUUCACGUUGCGGAUCAACCACAAAUACCAACCCUCGUGUGCUAUGAAAAAGCUGUGUUUCCAAUCGACGAGUUUCAACGGAGAGUGGAAAAAUGUAAAAAGAAAAUGGCCGACAUUAAGUCUAAGUUCUCAGAGUUGGCUCAACAGAAAAACACGCAGUGCAACUUUAAGAUUCAAUUAAGCGAUGGUGGCCCAGCGGGUGAAGUGAUCGUCGCUUUAACGAAGGAAUAUGAUAUUAGCAUGGUGGUACUCGGUACUCGGGGUCAAGGGGUCGUCCGAAGAACAAUACUUGGUUCGGUCAGUGAUUAUGUUGUGCAUCAUGCCAACGUACCGGUUCUCAUAUAUAGAGGCUAAAACUCUAUUUCAAUCUUACCUUUUGUAAAUUGAUUGCAAUCCAAUAGUGUUUUUGUUUUAUUUGGGUUGUGUGAAGAAAAAUAUAGAAAUGCCAUUUUGGCAACGGA